CUCCAUUCGCCACUAUUACUACCAACGAUAUUUUAUCAUGUUUCGAUCGAUAAUCGCUGCUCAAUAUAACACCAUCCGUACGUUUGCUUCUCAUAGUAUUCAAGCGCCUAAAACCAAAAUUGGUCUUGGCAACUUGGCUGAUAAUGCUGGUGCCGUUUCAGAACGUACUCGUGUAGGUCGUGGUCCAGGUUAUGGUAAAGGAAAAACAGCUGGUCGUGGUCAUAAAGGUCAAAAAGCUCGUUCUGGGAAUGGUAAACCAGUUCCUUGGUUUGAAGGUGGUCAAAUCCCUCUUGUGAAGCGAUUACCCAAGCGUGGUUUCUACAAUUUACACGGCAAAGAAUAUCAAGAACUCAAUUUGGAUCGUCUUCAACAUUGGAUCAAUACUGGACGUAUUGAUGCUACUCAACCUAUCACUAUGAAACAUUUAUUGGAUAGUCGAUGCAUUCACAAAAUUGAAGAUGGUGUCAAGAUUUUGAGUGUGGGUGCUGAAACAUUUAAUAUUCCCAUCACCAUCGAAGUAUCUCGUGCAUCUCAAAAAGCUAUUGAAGCUAUUGAAAAAGCUGGAGGAAAGAUCACAACUCGAUACUAUAAUGCUUUAGGUUUACGUGCUGUUGUACAUCCUGAAAAAUUCAGUCAAAUCCCCAAAUUUGCUGCUCCGCUACGAAAGGAAGAUAUCAAAUACUAUUCUGAUAUUAAGAACCGCGGUUACUUGGCUCAACAACAAUCUUCCUCUUUAGAAUAGAUUCUUUUUUUUUUGUGUGUGUAUUAUAUUUUUUAUCAUUUAUCAUCAUGUCAAUCCAUCCAUCCCAUUAAUAAAAGAACAUUUGUUUAUAUA